AGGCCUACACGGCGCUCGCCAGCAUGGAGACGGUGAUCACCGUCCUGUUCCUGCUGCUCUACCUGCUGAGGCUCGACGCGCGGAUGCGGUGCCUCUUCUGGCCGCUGGCUGAUAUUUUCAACUCGAUGAUUGCAGCAUUGUUCCUCCUCGUUGUGAGCUUGUUUGCAAUAAUAAUCAAGACCAACAAGGGGACAUUGGCUGGAGGAGUGUUGGGUCUUAUAUUGCUUGUUCUCUGCCUUGCCGAUGCGAUUCUUCUUUUCAAGACGAUUAGCCGUGAUAAAUCAAGAGGAAGGAGUGCUCCUGCCAAAUAGGAUUGAUGUGUUAGUGAAAGAAUGAGUUCUCCAUUCUGUUUCCCCACUCUCUUUUAAAGAAUUUGUAUUUUCACAUGCACAUUUUUGAAUUUCCUGCUGUUUCUGCAGGUAUCCUUCAUAAGGUUUCAUACUUUUCCAAAUGCAGUUUCAGCGUUGCAAUUUCACCAGUUAAAGCUUCAGAGAAAAUUGUCAUGUUUUUCUAAAGUUAAUUACGUUUUUAUCUGUAUGAAAAUUAUUUUCAUGGUUGUCUUCUUUCUCUAAUAAAAAGAAAAAACAAACGGG